AUGUCGGGAAAAAUGACGCUGUACAAAUUGGUGGUGCUAGGGGAUGGUGGUGUCGGGAAAACAGCUCUCACUAUCCAGCUUUGUUUGAAUCACUUCGUCGAGACAUAUGACCCGACCAUCGAAGACUCCUACCGCAAACAGGUGGUGAUUGACCAACAAUCGUGCAUGUUGGAAGUUCUGGACACCGCAGGUCAAGAGGAGUAUACGGCGCUAAGGGAUCAAUGGAUUCGUGACGGUGAGGGCUUUGUCCUCGUCUACAGCAUCACCUCGAGAGCCUCUUUUUCUCGGAUACAGAAGUUUUAUAAUCAGAUCAAGAUGGUUAAGGAGUCGGCCAACUCGGGAUCCCCCUCCGGCGCCAGUUACCUAGGAUCUCCGAUUCACACACCCUCGGGCCCCCCGCUUCCAGUACCAGUCAUGCUGGUCGGCAACAAAAGCGACAAAGCCGUCGAGCGCGCGGUUUCGGCCCAGGAGGGACAGGCACUUGCGAAAGAUCUGGGCUGCGAAUUCGUGGAGGCGUCGGCCAAGAACUGCAUCAAUGUCGAAAAGGCCUUCUACGACGUAGUGCGAAUGCUCCGACAACAGCGCCAGCAACAGCAGGGUCGAUCCCAGGACAAACGGCCGACAGGCCCUAUGCGUGAUCCCGGCCCUGAAUAUCCUAGAUCGUUUCGGCCCGACCGGGCGGGAGGUCAUCGCCGUGCGUUCAAGUGCACAAUUCUGUGA